AUGGCUGACGAAAAUGCUAUUCCUGCUCUCAAAAGUUCAAGUUCUUGCGCAUCAUCAGAAUCUUCAGCAAGAUCUGGUGGGGUCGAAAAGGAUGAUCCUGCCAAUCCCUUUAUCGAACCAAACCAAGCAGGUGUUAAAUCAUCACGAGGACCCUUAUUUCCAGCAGAAGUUUCCAGCCACAAUCUGGUUAUUAGCACACAGCUAGUGCCCCCACCAUCGCCUCAAAGUAAUGUGACGCCAGGCUAUGAUCCAAAUCGGCUCUCAUCAUCCAUUUUUGCCAAGCCUAGUAAUCCUGCCGAGUGGAGCGCCACUUCAAAUGAAUCGUUGUUCAGCAUUUACAUGGGAAAUAGUAGCUUCUCAAGAGAUAAUGCUUUCAUGUUAUAUAAAUCUGGAGAACUCCCCAAGUUUGAAGAGACAAGCAAUCCUUUACCCAGCUUGAGUCCUGUCAUUGAAGUAGAGAGCAAUGAUAGAAAGAAUAAAAAUAUAUCGAUAGAAACAGAGGUGAAAGAAAAAGAAUCGUCUGAUUCUGAAGAAAUGGAACCUAAAUCAACAGCUGAUAUCAAUACCAAAAAGGAGGUUCUGGUUGCAACAGAGAAAAUUAGCUGUCAGGAAAAGAUGCCUCCUGUCGAGGAGGUUCAAGUCUCCUUCUCCAGUAGUAACAGAUCAUUUCAAUUCCCACUAUUCGAUUCUACCUCAGGAAGGACAACUUCUUUCCAUGAGGUGACGGGGAAGCAUCCCUCGGAGAAGCACUCGCAACAGGAGCCACCAAAGCCUGCAGAAACCACCCCUGGAACAAACCCUAAGGCUGCGGGAAAUAGUUGGUUUUCUUGCUUCUCCUGCUGCUCACUUGGAUGUUAAAAGAGAAUUCUUCAUAACUAUUUUAACACCAACCUCUGUAAAUCUCCCUCUUCACGAAAAUUCCUGCCCUGUCCAUCGGAUCUAAAUAUGAACCAUAUUUUCUGCAAUUGUUGUUUCUUGUAUUGGUGAUUCUUCUUCCAAUGCAAAACCUUAGAGCUUAUACAGUCAAGGUAUAGAAAUCACCAUCUAAACUAAUUAAGUUGUAGAACCUACAGUCUUCAUUCAAUCAUGUGGGAGAAGUUUGGCUUUUAGAUUUUGAAAAAAGGAAGUCAACGUAAGAAUCAUGUACGAAGAUCUAUUGAUUUAGAAAUUCCAGAGGGAAAAUCAUAGGUUGGAUUCUUACAUUAGAUUCUUCAUUCUUCAUAACUAUUUUAUCUUGACAUCAUUUCUUAGUUUGUUUCUCUUUUUUAUUAAGAAUACUAGUGCCAGUCUUAAUAAAUUAAAAAAACGAGUGUUUUGUA